GCUCUCGUGAUGCUGCCAAGCAGCGCUGCGCUGUGUGAGAAAUCAAAGCGCAGGCGUCGAGUCGGGAGGUAGCAUAUCUUAUGCGCAGACUGGGUACUGUACAUGGCCAUUGAUGCUGCUGGAUAGAUGUAGCCCCUGAUGUAAAUAAGAAUGGCGAGGGCAGCGGGUCUAACAUGCCGCGUUAUCUCUGCUUGACAUCGGAACAUUUUAUGCCACCAUCGGGAUUUGAUAAAACGCGGGGGCCUUUUCUCGUUUUCAUCGGAAUCUGCCUUGACAGCUCGCCUGAUGAUUUUAAUUUGACACAAGAGCCAAAGCAGACGGGCGGCUUCUUCUAAUAAACACUCGGGAAAAACAGGUCAUUAUGACCUUAGUAUCCUCCAGUAAAAGAAAACCAUCGGAUUGUUUUUACGCGGCAGCAUUCUGCUUGCAUUUUUUGCUUUGGAUUUCGUGUGCUGUGUCCGGAGAGGAGGAUCAUCAGUUCAGCGUUGAGAGAUGGCUACAGAGGUAUGGCUACCUUCCCCGCACAGAACCGGGAAUGUCUGUCCUGCGCUCGGCUCAAACCAUGCACUCAGCCAUCGCUGCCAUGCAGCGUGUCUAUGGUCUCAAUGUCACAGGGACACUGGAUGAGAAAACCAAGGAUGAUAUCACGCUGAGUUGGAUGCAAAAGCCUCGCUGUGGAGUUCCGGACAAAUUUAAAAGUGCUUCGAGGUCCCGGAAGCGGAGAUACGCACUGACAGGACAGAAGUGGCAGCGUACACACAUCACCUACAGCAUAAAAAAUGUCACACCAAAGGUGGGCGCCCGGGAGACUCACGAUGCCAUCCGGCGGGCGUUUGAUGUGUGGCAGGGUGUGACUCCGCUACGCUUUGAGGCCGUUCCAUACAGCGCACUGGAGACUGGCAGGCGUGACGUGGACAUCACCAUCAUCUUCGCUUCGGGUUUUCAUGGUGACAGCUCACCCUUCGACGGGGAGGGGGGAUUCCUCGCCCACGCCUAUUUCCCGGGCCCAGGCAUAGGAGGGGACACACACUUUGAUUCUGAUGAGCCCUGGACCCUGGGGAACCCAAACCAUGAUGGUAACGACUUGUUCUUGGUUGCGGUGCAUGAGCUGGGCCACGCCCUUGGUCUAGAACACUCCAACGACCCCACCGCUAUCAUGGCUCCUUUCUACCAGUACAUGGACACAGAGAACUUCAAACUACCUCACGAUGACCUGCAGGGCAUCCAGAAAAUCUACGUUCCCGCUUCAGUAGGUGUCUCCAGGACAACAUUUUGCCAUGAUGACACACACACAGACUCACAAGGUCCACCAGAUAGAGCACCGCAGCCUACUAGGCCCCCACCCACGGUCCCUCCUCCUCGCUUCCACCCUCCUUCAGACCCCCGUAAACAUGACCGCCAUGCCAGACCCCAUCGCCCUCCACAGGGGGCCAAGCCCUUCAACCCCAACUCCAUGCCCAACAUCUGCGAUGGAGGCUUCAACACCCUGGCCAUCCUCCGGCAGGAGCUUUUUGUGUUCAAGGAUCAGUGGUUUUGGAGGGUACGAGACAACUCAGUAGUCCCUGGCUACCCCAUGCAGAUUAACCACUUCUGGAAAGGCUUGCCUCCCAAAAUUGACGCCGUGUAUGAAAAUAGCGAAGGGAAGUUUGUCUUUUUCAAAGGAAACCGUUUCUGGGUCUUCAAGGACACAACUCUCCAGCCUUCGUACCCUCAGGACAUCUCGCUGUUUGGGAGCGGCAUGCCCACUCAGAGUAUCGAGACAGCUGUCUGGUGGGAGGAUGUCGCAAAAACCUACUUCUUCAAAGGAGACAGGUACUGGAGGUACAAUGAGGACAUGAGAACCAUGGACCCAGGUUAUCCCAAACCCAUCAACAUCUGGAAGGGCAUCCCUGACUCUCCACAGGGGGCUUUUGUGGAUAAGGCCAACGGCUUUACCUACUUCUACAAGGGAAAGGAGUACUGGAAGUUCAACAACCAGCUGCUUCGUGUGGAGCCUAGCUACCCAAGGUCCAUCUUGAGGGAUUUCAUGGGCUGUGAUGGUCUGCCUGCUGACCCCGACUGGGACUGGAACCCCCCAGUGGCGGAGGAACGCCACUACGACAAUGGUGACGUGGAUGUUGUCAUAAAACUGGACAGCGCGGGGGGCACGGAAAAAGCAGUGGCCAUCGCUAUCCCCUGUGUCCUGGCGCUUUGCAUGAUGGUCCUCCUCUACACCGUUUUCCAGUUCAGGAGGAAGAGCACACAGCGCCACAUACUGUACUGCAAGCGCUCCAUGCAGGAGUGGGUCUGAAGGACUGUUAUCGCACUGUAUAGAAGGGGGUGUGAAGAUAGAGGUAUGGUUAUUACUUGAAGCCCUAAGUACAGUAAUUGGAAGCACUGUAAAGGGUACAGUACAUAAGGAUUGCCAUGUUGGCAGAUUUUAAAACUGCUUGGACUCAACUAACAAGCUGCAAAGAAGCGAAACGAUCAGCAGAACGCAACUAAAUUAGUGAGGGAGUCACAUCUCCUGUGUCCAACUAAUAUGUAUCUUUCUGCUUUGACUUUUUUCUGUAUCUUGGAAUGAACUCAAUUAAGUGAGACACAGUUAAGCUACUGUAAGUGGGACCUUUGUUUAUCCUCGUCUCUGCACGCCGCUUAAAAAGCCCCUAGCACUAACUUCAGUGGACAAAUUUAGAUAUAGGCUUCUACUUUACUUUCAUUUCUUAAUUACAUUGCUCUGAGCUUUGCUUUUUUUCAUUGAGGGUCCCUGUAAAAGAUUAUUCAUUGUGUGGAGGACUGAUACACAAACCAAAUAUGACCUUUUUCUCCCAAAGAAGAUUACUGCUUGAUGUUGUUUUUCCUCCAUGGAUCGAACAUUGCGGCAUCAUACUCAGAUUUUCUUUUUUGCCAUUGGUAUUCACAUCCACCCGUUUGCUGUGUAAUCUGUGGGGAUAGAAAGUAGCUGUAAGUAAGAGCUAGGAACUCACGACAGUUGCGGCAGUGUAUCACCAAAACAGGGGCCAAAAACCUCUGCAAUAUUUAUGAGACUGCCUUAAUCACAGUUUGCUUAAACUCCCUUCUCUUUCUCUCUGUUUCUCUGGUGUGGAAGUUGAGAACUUAGUGACAGUAGGAAUACAAAUAGUGUAUAAUAAAGGCAUUCGUUACUUUCCAAAAUGUUACUUUAAAACCAGUAGCUAAAGGGUCAGUAUGUAAUUUAUAUUUUAAAAAAAUACAUUUUUGUCUUAUUUGCUCAAACUGUCACUAUUCCUGACAGCGGUACAUGAGACAGAUAAUCUGUGAAAAAAUCAUUUUCUUCUGCCUCACUCUAGUCCAAUCAGAGCCGAGGAGUCUCUCACACACAAUUGUUUGGAAUUGUUGGCCUGUAGGCGGUGCUUGGAUUUUGGAUCGACGGUUUCCAACAUUGGUCACAAACCUUCUCAUUCUACAGCUAAACAGUACACUAGUUCUGAAAACAUUUGAAGUAAAAAGAGCCAAUGCUGUAUGCUGUAACAGCAUCUUGAUUCCUAUUUGACCAGCGCUACCUAGUUUGAUAGUAUAGUGGAAGUUCCUGAGCAGUCAUUGACACUGUGUUAGAGUCUCUUUGGCUCUGAUUGGAUGUUUACCUUCGAGUGCAGUGGAAUCUUGCAAAUCUCAUUAGGAGCACCAGGAUGAGAGAAAGGGGUUACCUGUCUCAUAUACUACUGUCAGUAGUGACAGUUUGUGCUAAUAUGACAAAAAUUUAUAUUUAAGAAAGUUACCUACUGAAUCUUAAGGACAGUUGCUCUUGAAAAUGUGCAAAGCAGUGCUAAAUACUUGAUGGCAAGCAGGCUAUCAAUUUUAAUUUACUGUCUCACCGGAGCAUAAGAGAGAGAAAGGGAAGGUUAGUUGUAGUGUGUGUGUGUGUGUGUGUGUGUGUGUGUGUGUGUGUGGUGUGUGUGUUGUGUGUGUGUGUGUGUGAGAAAGAGACAGUAAAUACCCACACUAUAUAUGUACUGUAGUGUCAGUUAUUGAAUAGCUAACAUCCUAAUUCCCUUUUUUCAUGCCAGGUUUGGGCACUAAUAUUCUAAACCGUGUCAGUCCAUUCAUUUUAAACAACUUUACUAAUCCAUAAUUGUUUGUUCUCAACUUUUUUUUUUACAAGGUUUGUAAGUUUACAUGCUAUUUCGCCUAGCAAGGGACACAGAAAGGUAAGGGUAGGGAUAAUGAGACACAUACACUAUUUCUCAUUAAAGCCAUGGUAAAAAUAGUUACCACGGGCACAUCAGCCUUGUAUCAGUGGCCAGUGCGUUUGUCCAGAUUGCUCCAACUUCUUACCAAGGUAUUGCAAAUAGGUUUUGAGGACAUGCGAAGUCAAACAAUUAUUGUAAAGAAGAAAACACAAGUCUAAACAAUAACAGGAAUUAAGACACAGAAAUAAAAAAAAUUAUUGUUGCCUAAAUUCUAUAUGUCAGGAAAAAAGUUAAACCUGUGUGUUUAAUAAUGGAACCAGGUUGUUUUAUGCACUGUAAUUAUAAUUAUCCAAUAUAUAUAUCUAUAUAUCUAUAUAGAUAUAUAUAUAUAUAUAUAUAUACUCAUGUUUUAUUAACAAAUUACUAAUACAUUUAUAGAACUAUUCUAACAUUGGAUUUUACAGGCCUAUCGGAAUACUAAAACUAGCUAAACUAAGUCUGAUGACAAAUUUUUUAAAUAUAUAUCAUGAUCUAUGAUGUUGCUUAUAUAUGACAUCAUACAUAAACCAUAAUAUCUUUCAAAGAGUUUAAUCAGCGGACUAGGAUAAACAAAUAAGCAAUAUAAAGCAUAACAAAGGGCAGACUCUCUGCUGUGAGAUGGAGCUAAACUCAACAGGAGCUUUUCCUGUCUCUGUGUAUUGUAAUGUAAAUGCUAUACACAGCCUGGAUCAUAAUGAAAUACAUUGCAUCAUAAUUGCCUUUGAUUGCUGCCAUACAUUUACAAUAUGGUUGUGUGGUGUAGCAUUUCUCAGAGUUUGCAUUGAGCAUUCAUGUGAGUAUUCAUGAUAUAUAUAUAUAUAUAUAUAUAUAUAUGUAUAUAUACAUACAUAUGUGUGUGUGUGUGUGUGUGCUCCUUGGUUUUGUUACUUUUACUUGAAAUGGUCCUCAACAUCAACUGUACAGGAUAUCUGACAUAAUCUUCCGUUGAUAUCAAGGCAAUGCCAUUUAUGCCACAUAAAGGAUUUAAGAGAUUUUGAAUGUCUAUAUGAAUUAUCUAAAGAAUGGUAAAUGGGUUGGACCAUGAUUAGAUGUGGUUUUAUCAUGUCAUCAUUCAUACAGGAUAAAAACUUCAAACCUACAUACAGUAGGGCCAAUGCAUGUUGUUGUUAAACCAAUGUGUUGUUGUUUAAGGAGAAUUCUGUUCAAUUUUAAUACGUAAUUCUGUUGUUUGUAAAUUUGGAGUGCUGUCAAUAGAGCGAGAAACGAGAACAAUCGGUGCUGUCAACACCGUGUUAUCUCCCUGCUAGAGUUAGCACCCAACAAGCUUAAACAGGGAAAGUUUUAAACAGCAAGGCAUAAAAAUUCUGUUAAUUCAGCCAGUGCACAUACCUCUGUUUAUUUCCUGUUUUCCAGUGAAGUCUACACUAGUCAAAACACACCUUUCUGUCACAUCUACUGCAGUCAGAUUUGCUGUGUUCACCCGGAAGGAAUCACUGCACAUGGGUAGGCACUUGUAAUGACAUUUUGAACAUGUUUAGAGGCUAAAAACAUGUUUAAAACGUGCCCUGUUUUUACCCUUUUGGGUGACAAAUCUAGCAGGAGGAUAACAGCACUGAUUGCUUUCAUUCUUUUUGCUGACAGUACUCCAAAUUUAUAAUCAACAGAGCUACUUAUUGCCAUUGACUUGAAUUCUCCUUUAAACCAAUAUGUCAUUCUUUAUCUUUGGAUCAUUCAGACUCUUUCCCAUUAUGGCUAGAUGAAGUGAUUGAUCAGCAAUGCAGGUUUCUGUUGGAUGCACAGACAGAUCCAAAAUGUCAUUUUUUAUAAACCAUGUGAAACUACCAGCUUAAACCAUGUGAAACUACCAGCUUCCAGCUGGUCCUCCCUCUUCCAAUCUGUCAAACUGAUGAAAGAACAUGUAGACUUUUUAAAGGCAGGAGCAUGUUUGCUUUUCAUAAAGGAGUGCUGAAUUGCAGAGCAGAUCUGUUGAUUACUGACAACUAUAAUUUAACGUGGAAGCAAAAACCUUUGGCUUAGUGUUGUGUUUGAUGUCUUAUCAGUUUGUGUGUUUGUGGUGAGGGUCUGGUGGCUCCAGCAAGACUGAACUAAAGACCACGGCCAGUUUGCAGAGUCCGUUCUGUAUUUAUUGCCAUAUUUAUUCCUCUGCACUCAGCACCUCAAAUCUUGCAUUGCAUUGUACUGAGGGAAAGAAGCUGCUGAUAUAGUGGGUUUGACAUGCAAGUUUUUUUUUAGUUAUGCCACUACUAAGGAAUCCUCCUCCUUCUGUUGCUGCCUCAACAACAAACAAUUCAUCUGGUGCGAAUGCUUUUUCAUGUUUGAGAGGUAAAUCAAAACUUGAAAAAGUAACGUAUUUAAAAUGCCCUUUUAAAACACUUAAAUCACUUGAGAUUCCUGACGUUUCAGAUGUGGACUUAGUGUAAGCGGGAAGUGUCAAUGCUCUGACCAGCCCCUAUCUCCAGACUCCUCAGAGCGUUUUUUGUCUGCCUCGACAAACACUUCUAAACAUUAGGGCUAACUUGGAGUGUCAUUACAAGAAGUAGAUGGGGACAAUUUGACAGCCGCCGAUACACCAUAGAGGCAAGGGUGCGGAAGAGAUGGGAAGCAUUUUGCGAUCAUUGCAGUCGAGAUCUUAUACACAGAUACAUGCAGUAUAUACUAUAAAGGCAUAGUGUAUGAGAAGUGAACAUAUUGCAUAAUAUGUACAUAAAGACAGAGUGUAUAUUGUCUGCCUGGGAGAACUUUGUUUUUAAUGGGCCAUUCAUUUCAUUGAUAAAGAAAAUGCUGUGUGUUGUAAAUAAAACAAGUGCAUAAUGA